CUGGGGCAUCAGAAUGCAGCCCGUUCUGUUAGCAACUGCCUCCCCCUCCUCUGGUCAUUUCCCCGAGGCAGUGGGGAGGGGGAAAAAUAGAGAAGGGAGAAGAGAAGACAAGUGGCAGAGCAAUGAAGGGCAGCCGAUAUAUUGCUCCCAAAUUUUCCUUCUAGAAGUGGCCAUUUUAUAGCUCUCAGAAACUCUUCUGCUGCAGGCAGGCUCCCGUUCCCAGAAGCUAGCAGCAAGUUUAGCACAGCGACUUUCAUUUUCGCUUCACAACACGGCAGCGUCAGCUUUUGUGGAACAGAAAGGAGUCGCUGUAUUUGUUAUCAUCCCGGAUCCAGUGUCUCUUUUACCCUGUGUGGACGCAAAAGGCUGUGGCCAUUGGAAAAGUGGCAGAGGGCGGGAACUGGCUCUGGAGGACGAGACUCCCGCCAAAACCCACUUACGAACUUUGGACAGAACUAGAAAGUUCCAGUGAAGUCUGUGGACACUGUGUGUGCUUGAUCACAGGUAACACAAAGGAAAAGAAACCAAAACCAGCAGAGAAGAACUGCAACCAGCAAAAAAGUCCAGAAUGGCUCUUGAGGACCAUCAACAGCUGCAGCAGGUCUGGGUUGAUUCAGCAACAAAGUAUCCUGAAGUAGUUUUGAACGUAGGAAAAAUAUGUUUUGGUGAAAAAGCAAGAAAAAAGAUGCCAAAAAAUUCAAAACAAGAUCAAAAAUACACCCUUGCCUCGGCAGUGUGUGCCUUGCUAAACUCUGGAGGAGGUGUGAUAAAAGCAGAGAUUGAAAAUGAAGACUACAGCUUACAGAGAGAUGAGAUCGGACUAGAUUUGCACGACACUUUUCGAUCUCUUCUUUUGUCUGCAGACUUGGCAAAAUACCUGGACUUCAAACAGCAAGAUAAUUACCUUUUGAUUUUUGUUAAAACAUGGAGCAUGGGAAAAGCACCCCUAAAAAGAAAGCCACGUAUCUGUACCCUGAGCACUGGGUUGUAUGCAAAAUGUGGUGCUUCUCUUUCCCACAUGACCCUUACUGAAGCUAUUACGUUCCUUGAAGAAAAGCAAGAUGAAGCCAGGAGAGAGCUUAGCCCAGGAACGCCUGCCAAGAAAAGGAAGACAAGGGAUGUUGAAGAAGACAUGGAUAUUGUAAAUGACACUGUUGCCGAGUUGUUUAAUAGGGACCAACUGCGUUACAGAGAGACACUGAAUUUCACAGAGUCAGCAGAUGUAGAAUUUAAGCACUAUUCUACUGACAACUUUAUUGAUCGUGUUAAAGAAAUAUUGCCUCAGUAUAUCUCUGGAUUUGCAAAUACACAUGGCGGGUAUUUAUGGAUCGGUGUAGAUGAUGCCAGGAGAGUACAGGGAUUCAGAUGUGAUGAUGAGGGCCUUGAAAAAUUAAGCCACCGAAUCAAAUCCAUUCAGUACAAAUUAGAGGUCUUCCAUUUCUGUAAAAGAAGAUAUGAACACAGCAUAAGGUACGAACACAAAAUCUUCAAAGUAUACGAUGAGGCUGGAGAGCACUGUGGCUAUGUCUGCGCUGUGAAGAUCGAGCCGUUUACUUGUGCUGUGUUUACAAAAGAUCCAGAGUCGUGGCGAGUGGAAGGUCCCACUAUCAGGAAGCUGAGAGCAAAUGAAUGGGCCACGUGGAUGAUCUCUGCUGAUCCAGAUCUUUCAGAGUUGUCUGAGACCUUUACAUUAGCACUCAGUCUGUCAGAGGGGCCACCCCUUGCCAAGCCAGUUUAUUCGCACCAGGGCCUUGACAAUGUUGAUGAUCUUUGUAAGCAACUGUUUCCAGUAAAAUCCCGCAGCAUAAAAUAUACUCCAGAAAAACUCACUGAAGACCUUGUUCAAGAGCAUCCAGAGUUGAAGAUUUUAAUGGAAGAACAAUUGAGGCAGGUAUCUGAGGGAAUUGUGAUAUCUUCCAGAAGCUGGGCUGUUGAUGUUGGCGAGCAAGAAAACCGAAACGUAAUUUGUGACGUUCUUGUACUAGCCAAGGACUGGCCACCUAUCCUCUACACAGUCUGUAAGCAUCAUAUCUCUAAGGAUUUGUUUGAAUACUCAAAAUGCACAGCCAGGAAGCUGAAGGAGAAAUUAGUCAACACUGGGGGCUAUAUUCACAAACUGUGUAUAAUACCAAAGCUACUGAUUUUGCCUCCCAGAUUUAACCAUGGAGAAGAAUGGGAUCUGAACAUUCAAGAAAUGUAUCCCCAAAACUACAGCCUAAUCAACAGAAUAAACUUCAAAGACCUCUUGCGUUCUCUCACGAUAGCUUUGUUGACUUUCAAAUCCUUUUUAAGUGAUCGUGUUGGUUCUGAGGUUUUGAACCUCCUGACUGUGAAACAAUACCAGCUGUUGUCAGAAAACCUCCACAAAACUAAGAAGCUGUUUGUUUAUGGUCUACCAGGAACAGGAAAAACUAUUGUGGCACUGAACAUCAUAGAGAAAAUAAGAAAUAUGUUUCAGUGCAAACAACAGGAGGUUCUUUACAUAUGUGAGAACCAGCCUCUGAGAGAUUUUGUGAGACAGAAAAAUAUUUGCCAAGCUGUGACAAGAGUAGCCUUUUUGAGCAAAAGCUUUAAUGAUGUGAAGCACAUAAUAAUUGAUGAAGCACAGAAUUUCCAAGAUGGGGAAGGUGACUGGUAUCAAAAGGCCUUGGACCUGACUUCAUCACCACAUCUCCCCGAGCCUGGCUUUCUCUGGAUUUUCUUGGACUACUUGCAGACAAGUCACUGCUUCUCAACUGGUCUUCCAGAACCAAGAUGGCACGAUCCUGUUGAGUCACUAAACAAAGUGGUUCGUAACGCUAACAGCAUCUUUUGCUAUCUAAAAAACAUAAUGGAAAAGAUUGUAAAGUACCCUACUGUAAGUAUUCCACAAGAACAUUUACAGAAGUUGUUGUGUACAGCCACAUGUGCUUCCGCUGUGCCUGGCUCUUUUGAAAUAGUAAACAAAACAGACAAAAAUGAAAUAGCAAAGUAUGUGGCAGAGCAUUGCCGCAUGUACCUUAAAAGAGGUUACUCUGAGAAAGAUAUCGCUAUUCUGUGCUACAGAGAUGACGAAGUAAAAGCAUACCGUGAAAUACUGACAUCAGAAAUGAGGAAGUUAGAUGUAUUGCUAGGAAAACUGGACGGAGGACUAGAGAGGCACAUGAUUCUCGACAGCUUCCGUCGUUUCUCUGGUUUAGAAAGAACUAUUGUGUUUGGUAUUCUUCCUAAUCCCCUUCCAUCUCAGGAUGUAAUUUUUAAAAAUGUAUUAGUAUGUGUAGCAUCCAGAGCUAAUUUAAAUCUACACAUGUUACGUGAGUACUGAGGAUAUGAAAACGAAUCACUCCUGUACCUACAGUACUGCUCAGAACAGUACCAAACAGCACAGGCGUCCAGUGUUAGAAGCCAUUUUUUAAAAAGAGCUUUCAUUCAGAUAGCCAGAAAAGUAAAAUCGAGGCCUAUCCAUGGUUUAACUAGCAUACAAAUAAAUAGCUUUUACAGGAGUAGCUUCCCACUCAACUUCAGCAAGUCAGUAUGGGUUAGAACCACCCAGUUAUGCCAAAGUAGUUUUAGUGGGAUAAGAAAAAUUUUUCUUAACUGCCUUUAUGUACCAAUAGCAUUUUUGUCUUGGUUUCAGACAUGCUGGUUAUGUAAAACUCUGUACGGAGUUAGAUGCGAAGUAUUUGCAAAAGACAGAUCCCAAAUUCCUAAAACUGAGCAUCUAAAACUGAAGGCUAGUUGAAAGCAACCCAUGAACCUUUGUAUUGUUUUCCACCACAGAAUGACUUAUGGUUCAUCUGGUUUGGGAAAACAGUCUGAUGACCCAGAUAACAUAAAGCAUCAACAACUUUAUUGGGUGUGUGCAAUAACAAGACGUUGUACACAGCUGGAAUCCAUCCUUCAAGUAAAUUUGCCUCUAAACUGUCAAACCUAUUAGCUUAAACAUUCUUGCUUCUCUAACUUCUGGAAGGUAGAGGCACCUUCCACUUUUUUCUUUAGUCAGCAACUAGGAAAGACUACCUGUGUGGUUUCUUUCAUGAUCCCCGCACCUCAAUCACUUAAUCAUGCCAUGGCUAUCAGACAAGAAUCACUGACAAUUAUUAUGAUCAGAAAUAGCUGAAUGUACUUCGCUUUUAGGUCAUUGCUGAUUGUAGUUACUGUAUACUCAGAUCUCUGUUCCCCCUCUGCUGAUUAAAGCAAGGGUCUGUGAUCAGGGUGCAUAGCAUGCGUAAAGAAUCUGUGCUUGAUUGUAAACUUCUAUAAAGUAAAAAUUUAAUGUGAUCACCAACUGGUGGGUUUCCUUCUCAUUCUUCUUUCUUAAGUGAGAUAUUUUCAAAAUUCCCUGCUGAGCCCACUGUGUGCCCUGGUAUGAACACCAGCUUAUCCCAUUAGUGCUGCCUCUUCAUAUAGCCUAUUUUCACAGUGCCUUCACACAUUCUUUUGAGCAGCAUUAGAUUAUUUUGCAAGGGGUGUAAAUUCAGCUUGUGCCCACAUUGCUGAAUGUGAAGCAAACUUGAGAUUGGGAAUUGCCCCAGAUCCUCCAUUUGCUUAAUUAAAGCAGAACAGUAGAGAUUCCACAUGGAACAAAGUAAUACAUUUAUUAA